GCUGGCCCCCGCGCCGGGGACCCUCCAGCAGCGCCGCGGGGAUGCGCCGCCCGCCCGGAGCCGCCCGCCCGCCCCCGGCCCCCAGGCAGCGGCGGCGGGCGAUGGGGCAGCGCGCCAGCCCGCGGAGCAGCACCGGCGCCGGCCAGAAGACCCUCCCGAAUUUGUUUCUUCUGCUGUUUUUCCUUGGACCUCUCAACUGCUUUGCAAGCUACAGCCGUGCCACUGAACUCUUCUACAGCAUUAAUGAAGGGCUGCCUGCUGGCGUCCUCAUUGGGAAUCUGGUCCAGGAUUUACAACUCCAGAGAGUGGUAGAGGAAGAGGCGGCGGCGAAAGGGAAAGAGCAGCUCCCCCAGCCGCUGGGGAACACCCUUCUCUCCUUCUGCCUUGCUUCCCAGGGACUGGGCAGUUUGUACGUAAACCUGGACAAUCGGACGGGAGAGCUGAGCACCUCCGCACAGGAAAUUGACCGGGAAGCUCUGUGUACGGAGAGUAAUGUGGGGUCUUCUGUGGUUGCCUCUUCGUCCUCCUCCCCCGUACUGUCUUCUGAAUCAUGCUUGCUGCUGCUGGACGUGUUGGUGUUGCCCCAGGAAUAUUUCCGCCUGGUCAAGGUGAAGCUCGCCAUCCACGACAUCAACGACAACGCGCCAUGCUUCCCCACACCACAGAUACACCUCUUUGUGCCUGAGAAUUCACCCAUCAACACCCGCUUAGCCAUAGAGCAUCCGGCUGUGGACCCAGACAUGGGUACUAACGGGGUUCAGACCUACCAUCUCCAGGAUGACUAUGGGGUUUUUACAUUGGAUGUAGAGGAGAAUGAGAAUGGGGAAAGGACACCAUACCUGAUUGUCAUGGGCGCCUUGGAUAGGGAGGUCAGGGACCAAUAUGUUACCCUCAUACGUGCAGAGGAUGGAGGAGUGCCUCCGCUGGUGGGCAGCGCCACCCUCACUAUUGGGAUCAGCGACAUCAACGACAAUUGCCCCCAGUUCAACGAGACUCAGCUAAACAUCACUGUAUUUGGGAACUCUAGCAUUGGUUUGCGCAUUGCUACUGUCCAUGCUACUGAUGUGGAUCAGGGAGUCAAUGCGAAGAUUACCUACUCCUACAGCCAAAAGGUACCCCAGUCUUCCCGUGUUUUGUUUCGCCUUGAUGAAAGCACGGGCACCGUCACGCUCUCUAAGAGGAUCAGUGGUGACACGCCUCGUCUUCACAGGUUGAGCAUACUGGCCAACGGUCCCGGUUGUAUCCCGGCCGUGAUUGCUGUGGUCGUAUCCAUCAUAAAAGUCAUGCUGAGGCCGCCCGAAGUAAUCCCCCGUUUCAUAGCGAAUGAAGCCAACGGGGUGGUUUACCUGAGGGAGCUAGAACCUGUUAACACGCCAAUCGCGUUUUUUACCAUAAAAGACCCAGACGAAAAAUACAAAGUGGAUUGCUACUUGGAAGGCAACGGCCCGUUCAGAUUGUCGCCAUACAAACCGUACCACAAUGAGUACUUGCUGGAAACUACGAAACUUUUGGAUUUUGAAACUCAGCGACACUAUGAAAUAUCAGUGGUUGCGUGGAAUUCAGAAGGGUUCCACAUCACCAAAAUCCUAAAAGUGCACAUUCUAGAUGAUAACGACAACUCACCUGUGUUCUCCCACUCGCUGAUAGAGUUAUCUGUUGAGGAAAAUAAUGUUCCCAACGCUUUUUUGACCAAGCUGCAUGCAACAGAUGCCGACAGCGGAGAAAGAGGACAAAUAUUUUAUUUUCUAGGGCCUGAAGCCCCCUCAUAUUUUUCUUUAGAUAAAGUCACGGGAGUCCUUACAGUUUCCACCCAACUGGAUAGAGAGGAAAGAGAAAAAUAUCGUUAUACUGUUAGAGCAGUAGAUUGUGGAAUGCCUCCCCGAGAAUCGAUAGCCACUGUGACCAUCGCAGUAUUGGAUAAAAAUGAUAACAGUCCAAGAUUUAUUAACAAGGAUUUCAGUUUUUUUGUACCGGAGAACUUUCCAGGCUUUGGCGAAAUUGGAGUUAUAAGCGUCACGGAUGCAGAUAUUGGGCAAAAUGGAUGGGUUGCACUUUCAGUCGUAAAUAGCAGUGAUAUCUUUGUUAUUGACACGGGCAAAGGGGUGUUGAGAGCAAAGGUCUCCCUAGACAGGGAACAGCAGAGCUCCUACACCUUAUGGGUUGAAGCAGUCGACGGAGGUGAUCCUCCUUUGUCCUCAACGGCAAAAAUCACCAUCCUUUUGCUCGACAUAAAUGACAACCCGCCGUUGGUCUUGUUCCCUCAGUCAAAUAUGUCUUACCUCUUAGUGCUCCCCUCCACACUGCCUGGAUCUCCCAUCACAGAAGUCUAUGCUGUUGAUAACGACACGGGGAUGAACGCGGUCAUAGCAUACAGCAUCAUAGGGCGAAGAGGCCCCAGGCCAGACUCGUUUAAAAUCGAUGCCAAGACGGGCAAUAUUACCCUGGAGGAGUCACUCAUGCAAAAUGACUACGGCCUCUACCGACUUCUCGUUAAAGUGAGUGAUCAUGGCUACCCAGAACCCCUCCAUUCAACGGUCAUGGUGAACCUCUUUGUCAACGACACAGUGAGCAACGAGAGCUAUAUUGAAAGUCUGUUAAGAAAGGAACCGGACAUUAGUGUUGAGGAAAAAGAGCCGCAGAUUUCAAUAGAACCCACACACACAAAAGUAGAACCAACCUCCUGCAUGCCUACCUUAGUAGCCCUUUCAGUGAUAAGCCUGGGUUCAAUAACUGUAUUGACUGGGAUGGGCAUUUAUAUUUGCCUAAGGAAAGGAAGGAAAUAUCACCGAGGCGAUGAAAACUUGGAAGUACAAAUUCCAUUAAAUGGAGGACUCCAUCUGCAUAUGCUUGAGAAGAAACCGGUGGAGAUUUCUAACAUCUGAGGGUUUCACGCAAGACAAUCACAACCAAAAACUAGACAAUUUUGAACAAUGAUGAACUCCUCAAAUGGGGGAUCCUUGGCUGCAGCUAUGAAGGACCAAUAAUUUAUUACUUAUUAUAAAUUGUACAUAGCUCUUUACAGGUUUUUUUAAAAAGGAAAAUAGAUCAGAUUCAGUGUACAGCUUUUUUUAUUAAAUGAAAUCUUAGUGGUAGCCGCUAUUAACCUUGUGUGAUCAGACGUGGUCAUCGCAACAGGAAUCCAUAAACCAAGUCAGGGUUCAUGAAGCGGCAGGUAAGACAUGCGUUCAUUCUAUUCUUGACCACAAGGGGGCAUCAGCCAUUCCUGUAAAUAAGACUGUUUAAGAGAAAAUGGAAAGUCUAUUUUAAAAUGUAUCGUUUUUUUCUAAAGAAUAAAAGAUAAUAAAGUAUGGGUUUGAGGUACAAUGAAAGUAUGUUCUAUUGUAUGUAUGAGAAGAUGACGACAAGAAAAAAUGCACUGGUCAGUCGAAGCAGAACGUUUUAUUACCUCAGAUGUUUUAAGGAAAAUAGGAAAGGCAUUAAGAAGUGCAAUUUCUUGAGGGUGUGCGCUAUCCCCUUGUGAGAUUAUGAAGGGAAGCAAGACGUUCACUUUUCAUUGAAUAUGGACAGUGAACACACCUCUCUCACUGUUAUCAAAUACCAUGACAGUUCUUUCGAAAAAGAAAAAAUGACUCAGCAGGGGUCCACGGGUCCACAAGAGGCCCACGGGUUCGUGGGACAGAGACAGGAUUGUAUUGCCGUAUUUUUUUUUAAGUGCAGAGGUUUAUGCUUUGCCUUUCUGAAAGGCCCUACCAAACUUUCUGGGCAACUUCGGCAAAAAGGAGAGAGAGCUGAUGGGCUGUUACCGAUCCUCUGAUCCAGAAGCCCGAUCCUUCAAAAUACAACAUCCGGUGAAUUUCCAUUGAGUCUAGGGGGACUUGCAAAGGAUCACAGCUGAAAUGCAACCAAACAAGCAAAUGGUGGAAUGCUAUUUUUAAAGGACUGGCUCUUAUUCAAGGAGUCAGUAGACUCCUAUCUGUGCAAUCCAUGCAUAAAAACAAGUUUCUGUACAUGAUUUUCUUCUCCGAUCUCUAAUAACCGAAAAGAUUCUGUAGGAGAAAAGAGAGCCUGCAACAUUCACACCAUCAAACUGAUAAACCCAGAGACCCGCCUUUCUUUACCCAAUUGUCACAGCUGACAAUGGUAAUCAUUUGUUUGGUGUGUGAGUGUUUCAGCAGUGUGCAAAGAUCUCUGGGUUGGUGCCCACAAUGAAUGUCUCUUCAUCCCAGAAUAAUACACCCCCACCACAAAAAACAAAAAAUAAUUGAUCUGGUAAUCUCGUUUAAACCCUGACUUUUCACAGAGCCAUUCAUGAUGCUUCGUACCCUCGGAAAUCUGUUAGGAACAUCCCAGCUCUUUUGUGCAACAUAUAUUUUUUUCUUAACGUGACGUUUCUGAAUUAGAGCAUUUAGAUGGGGAAAAAAUUGCUUCUUCUUGGUAAUGUGAAAGUUCCGUUUUAUACGUUGAUUAAUGCUACUCUCUGGAUGGGUAUUUUGUGUGAGGGUGCAACCGCUAAUUUUUUUUUUUUUUAAAAAAACGAUUUUAGCCCUUCACGGCUUUCGUAAACUUUCCUGGAUCAUGUCCAGAAUUUUCCUUUUUAUUUAUUUAGAAAAUGUCUGUGCUGCCUCCCUAGAGAUCUGCUCGAGGCUUCCUAGACGUUCAUACACCUGUCUGCCUCUUCAGCGGCAUAGCAGAGGCUUUUUUAUUGGCAAUGCAUUCCUUUAACAUUCAUUACGAGAUCUCAAAAACAUGUCAGAUGGCUCCAACCAAAUGUAUCUUGUAAAACAAGGCAAAUUAGUGUUAAGCUUAAACCUGACACUUUCUUGAGUUCUGACAAUAUGUCUGUACUGUACCAAAAGUGUUUAUA